AUGCUAGCGGACACAGUGACGCCGCUGGGCCCGUUAACAGCCCGGUUCUCCCGGUUCUCCCGGUGUUACAGUGUGAUUGGUUUCCAGGUGUUAGGUCACCAGGUGUUACAGUGUGAUUGGUCACCAGGUGUUACCGCUCGAAAUGCAGAGAAAGCCAUGACGGCUCUGGCCCGGUUCAGACAGGCUCAGCUGGAGGAAGGAAAAGUUAGGGAGAGGAGACCUUUCUUGGCAUCAGAGUGCAGUGAACUUCCUAAAGCAGAGAAAUGGAGACGACAGAUCAUCAGUGAGAUCUCUAAGAAAGUGGCUCAGAUCCAGAACGCUGGUCUGGGAGAGUUUAAGAUUCGGGAUCUAAAUGAUGAGAUCAACAAGCUGCUGAGAGAGAAAGGUCACUGGGAGGUUCGGAUCAAAGAGCUCGGAGGACCGGACUACGCACGUGUGGGUCCCAGGAUGUUGGACCACGAGGGGAAGGAGGUUCCCGGGAAUCGAGGUUAUAAAUACUUCGGAGCGGCCAGAGAUCUGCCGGGAGUCCGAGAGCUGUUUGAGAAGGAACCUACCCCGGCGCUGAGGAAGACGAGGGGUGAACUGAUGAAGGAAGUGGACGCGGAGUACUACGGCUACAGAGACGAAGACGACGGAGUCCUGCUGCCUCUAGAGGUGCUGCACGAGAAGCAGGUUGUGUUGGAUGCGGUCCAGAAGUGGAGGACAGACAGAGAAUCUCGUCUAUCGGGAGACAAACCGCAGCAGGAUGAAGAUGAGGAGGAGGAGGAGAGCAUCUACAGCGUCCCGCAUGAGGAGCUGGAGGACGAUGAGAGCCGGGAGGAGCAGGAGGGAGAGGAGGGAGGAGUCUCCUUCAUCUCACAUGUUCCUGUUCCAUCACAGAGAGAGGUGGAGGAGGCUCUGGUGAGGAGGAAGAAGAUGGAGUUGUUGCAGCGUUACGCCAGCGAGACUCUUCAAGCUCAGAGUCAAGAAGCCCGAACUCUGCUGGGCCUGUAACCUGUCUGUCUGCUCACCUGUCUGUCUGUCUGUCUGCUCACCUGUCUGUCUGUCUGUCUGCUCACCUGUCUGUCUGUCUGUCUGCUCACCUGUCUGUCUGUCUGUCUGUCUGUCUGUCUGUCUGUCUGUCUGUCUGCUCACCUGUCUGUCUGCUCACCUGUCUGUCUGUCUGCUCACCUGUCUGUCUGCUCACCUGUCUGUCUGUCUGCGUACCUGUCUGUCUGUCUGCCUGCUCACCUGUUUGUCUGUCUGCGUACCUGUCUGUCUGUCUGCUCACCUGUCUGUCUGUCUGCUCACCUGUCUGUCUGCUCACCUGUCUGUCUGCUCACCUGUCUGUCUGCUCACCUGUCUGCUCACCUGUCUGUCUGUCUGUCUGUCUGCUCACCUGUCUGUCUACUCACCUGUCUGUCUGUCUACUCACCUGUCUACCUGUCUGUCUGCUCACCUGUCUACCUGUCUGUCUGUCUGCUCACCUGUCUGUCUGUCUGUCUGUCUGCUCACCUGUCUGUCUGUCUGUCUGUCUACUCACCUGUCUGUCUACUCACCUGUCUGUCUACUCACCUGUCUGUCUGUCUGUCUGUCUACUCACCUGUCUGUCUGCUCACCUGUCUACCUGUCUGUCUGUCUGUCUACUCACCUGUCUGUCUGCUCACCUGUCUGUCUCUCUGUUGAUGUAAAUUUGGCUCAUUUUUAUAUUCGAUGUGUUUCUAAUAAAACUUUG